AUGGAGCCGGUGCCCUGGAAGCGCAGGGCGCGCCCCCGGCGUGCUCCGCCGCCAGCGGCGCGUCGGCGUCGGCGGGGUCUUCUCCCGGGGCGCGGGCUCAAGCGGAAGGUGGGCUGCAUCGACAGCGCCACGCGGAUCGGGCGGCGGAAGCGGCUGGAGAGCGAGUACGACCUCGGCGAGGAGAUCGGGCACGGCAAGUUCGGGUCCGUCCGCGUCUGCCGCCCCAAGGCCGCCCGGGGCGAGGAGGAGUUCGCCUGCAAGGCGUUGCCCAAGAACGGCGGGGACACGGCCCACCGCGAGGUGGAGAUCAUGCAACACCUCUCGGGCCACCCGGGCGUCGUCACGCUCAGGGCCGUCUUCGAGGACGCCGACGCCUUCUACCUCGUCAUGGAGCUCUGCCACGGCGGACGGCUCCUCGAUGAGGUGGCCAGGGAGGUAAGCUCUCUGAGCGCCGCGCCGCCAAUGUGA